AAGAAGACAAGGAAAUGGUGGAAGUAACAAUGAAGAAGGAUGCCCAAAUGGUUUUGGUCCUAUCCUCAUCCUCAUCCUCAUCAUCCCCACAACUCCAUCACUCUAGAGAUGCUUGGCAUUGAGGCUCACUGAGAAAGAGACUUCUAAGCUCUUCUUCUCAUCUUUUUCCAAAGUGAGGAUGAUGGUGGCCAUGGUUUCUGGUAGUCUUGAUGUUUGUUCUGGCCUUAAGCUGGCUGAGACCUCUAAAAUGUCCAAAAGAUGCCAUCUUUGGGGUUCCUUAUUAGGGUUCAAUCUUGCUCCUUUAUCUUUUUGUACUGCAAGAUUAUCAUCUUCUGCAUCAUCUUUGAAUGUUCCUAAAGCUGCAUCUCCCACUGCUGUGGAGGAUGAGAGUCCUAGUGAGGCAGAUAAAAUUCCUAUUCCCAAAGUUAUCAUAGAUCAAGAUUCCGAUCCCGAUAUGACUAUUGUCGAGAUAACCUUUGGUGAUCGCCUCGGAGCUCUUCUUGACACUAUGAAGUCACUUAAAGGCUUAGGGCUCAAUGUCGUCAAGGCUAAUGUGUUCUUAGACUCUUCGGGCAAGCACAAUAAGUUUGCCAUCACGAAAGCGUCUACCGGUCGUAAAGUGGAAGACCCGGAAUUAUUAGAAGCGAUACGCUUGACAAUCAUAAACAAUCUGCUAAAGUACCAUCCUGAAGCCAGUGCCCAAUUGGCCAUGGGAGCAGCAUUUGGUAUUGAUCCACCGAUGCAAGAGGUGGAUGUGGAUAUUGCAACACAUAUAUACAUUUAUGAUGAUGGCCCCGAUCGAAGUUUACUUGUGGUGGAAACAGCUGAUCAUCCCGGAUUAUUGGUCGACCUUGUUAAGAUCAUUACUGAUAUAAACAUCAAGGUCCAAUCUGGAGAGUUUGACACCGAGGGACUGUUGGCAAAAGCAAAGUUUCAUGUGAGUUAUCAGGAUAAAGCACUGAUUAAGCCUUUGCAGCAGGUUCUUGCAAAUAGUUUGAGGUAUUUCUUGAGGAGACCGACGACGGAAGAGGCGAGCUUUUAGAGCCAUUCUGAAUAAUCAAACACAAAUGAUUUAAUUGGAAGUUGUCCAUUUUAUGCAACAAUAUACAGUGUUUGAAAUCAUCAAACAUUGAUCAAUUGUUUAAUUGAUCAUUAUGAGAAUUUAAAUUGAAAAUGGUGCUGUAUCUUGUUAA